UUCCGAAGGCAGGCCACCACGUUGUCGCGUUGGAAGGGAACUCCUAGCCGUCGCAAUUCAUGUUACAAUUUGUCAAAAGUGAGGUAAACUCAGGUGCCAACCACUGUGAGUUUGUGGUCAAGAAGGCGAAACGGAAUAACGCGUGGGGCAAUAACACGGACAAUGUCAUGUGGUUCACGUUGAGUGAGAGGAAGAGAAAGAAGAUAUACGAGUUCUUGUUCGUCGAAACGUGGCCAGCGAAGGAUAGUGAUGUUGAGUACGUGCGUCGCAAGUACCACAUGUUGGUGUUGCUGGACAACUACGAAGGCGCCUCCCGCAAGAACACAAAGACCUUCCUCAACGGGUUGGAGUCCUUGUACUUCAUCCAGUCCGAGGAGGAAUUGAAGUUCGACAAUUACAAUUCCUUGAUCUCAACGGAUGACGAGGCAACCACCGAUGUCGAGCCCGACACCAACGUGAAGGAGGAUGAGAGCAUCAACGAGAGCGUCAACAUGGGGCAUGAGCCCUUCCUCCGACCGGCUAUCCGAAAGGGCGAGUGGAUCAUGGCCGCCGUUGUUGACCGUGACGUUGGAUCGGUGUCAAUCCCACGCGAGUCCAAGUCCAACUUUCUGCUCGUCGCGAGGGUUCCAGUGAUCCAAAAAGUGAAAGCUGAAAAUCAAACUGUUUCACCCUCCAACGCGUCCAUCAUUUCUAUUGCUGACAGUCUGUUCAACGAACUUCACGAUAACUUGAAGCGCUGGUUGGAACUGACGGAGGACUCUUACGACCUCGACAGAUGCCCUUCAAAGGGAAUGGUGGACUGGAAAGUGCCCCGUCUGAGUGGGACACUGGGAAGUUCGGGGGGAGGGGGGCACCUAGCACUUGAGGAGACGGAGACGACGGUGAGGGGGGGUGGCAAAGGCGUCCCACCUAGUGGAGAGGGUAGGCCACAAGACGAGACCACGAUAACGGAAGGUAGCGGUGGGGUGGAGCGGGAGGCCGUCGAUCGGCAUGACUACGGACCUCGGUCCAGAGCAUUCGAUGAAGUCCGCCGACCCCCGACUUCGUCCGCGAGCUCAACGAGGGAGAGGAUAGCUGCCUUGGUUGCUCUUGGUAACCAUUCAGGCGGAAAGUCUAAGUUCGUCGGGAUCCGAACUACAUCGCUUGAGGUGUUGCGACAAGAGUCGUCCGUGCAAAGCGGGUCGGGGGUGGGAGUGUCGAGCCAGGAUGCCGCGUCGAAGUAUGCCAGAAUCCGCACUUCGCUUAAGGACAGCCUGCCGACUGACAGUGGUGUUGUGUGGGAACAAAAUGCAUCGGUUGAGGGGGAGGGGUGGCCUCCGGAGUUGAAGCAAGAGGGUGUAAGUGGAGUGCCCGCCGACCAGGAGACGACGAACUCUGGUGGAAUCUGAACUUCUUCAAGAAGGAGGCCUCAGAGAGAGGUUAUCGUGCCAGUAGGAGGGGAUACGUUCGUGGAUACAGAAAAAUGGUCAGCGGAAAUCGACAAGC